AUGAAUCAUUGUGAGGCUGCACACGACUUGCUUAUGCAGACGGUAAGAGAUAUGAAAAUUGAUGUUGCCCUUUUAUCAGAACCUUACAAACAUCUAACUGAUUGGCCAUGGAAACGGACAGUACCACCAAAGCCCUGUUACGCUCCACCUAGUCUUUCUUUGCCAGAUUUUGUCGAUUUUUUAGAUCGUCUUGUGGAGGAUGCAAAACGACACCACCCCGUAGCGAUAGCCGGUGACUUUAACGCAUGGGCGGUAGACUGGGGAAGUAGGAAGACUAAUGCAAGAGGUAAAGCACUUUUGGAGGCCUUCAAUACACUUGACGUGGUUUUACUUAAUAGUGGUGAUAAACCAACCUUUGAAAAGGGCAGUGCAAGCUCAAUAAUAGACCUUACUUUUGAUAGCAAUAGCCUCGUCAGAGGAAUUUGCAAUUGGGAGGUAUUAGAUAUCUACACUGCUAGUGACCACAAUGCAAUCAUCUGGGAAAUAUCAACAAAUAGAAACAUUAGUAGAAAUGCGAAAAUAUCUAAAGCCAUUGGACAAUCUGCGCACUGGUGGACUGAAGAAAUCAGCUCUCUUCGUAAAGAGUGCCUAAAGAAAAGAAGGAUCUCUCAGCGUGGAUAUAGUCUUAGUAAUUCUGCACAACUGGUAGUGGAAUAUAAACAAGCACGUAGACAACUAAAUAAAGCUAUCAAAGAUAGUAAAGUUAGGUGCUGGAAAGAACUUUUGGAUGAAGUCGAGGAAAAUCCAUGGGGAAGACCUUAUAAGACAGUAAUGUCUCGCCUCAAAAGCCAGCCAAUACCUUCACCAACUUGCCCACGACUAUUGAAUAAAAUAGUAACUACUUUGUUUCCACGACAACCUAAUUUGAACUACCAGGUAACACAUGUAGAACAGAAUAAUAUUCCACUUAUAACACUGCAAGAACUGAUGGAAGCUUGUCAUCGCGUUGGGGUUUUUCGACGAAAAUGGAAACAGCAAAGACUAGUGCUUAUUCCCAAAGGAAAAAAACCACCAGAUAAACCAUCAUCCUACCGUCCAAUAUGCAUGCUGGAUACAGCGGGAUAUUAUAUAGUUAUAUUUACAGUAGGUCUUACUCCUUCGACGGUUCUAUUAGAAAAAGGGCUUAAUUCUAGGCAUUUACAAACUAAGUGA